AUGGCCAACCACUCCCAACUAGGAUUCCAAGACGCCUCAUCCCCAAUUAUAGAAGAACUUGUAGAAUUCCACGACCACGCCCUAAUAGUCGCCCUAGCAAUCUGCAGCUUAGUACUAUACCUCCUCUCCUUGAUACUCAUAGAAAAACUAUCUUCAAACACUGUCGACGCCCAAGAAGUCGAACUAAUCUGAACAAUCUUACCAGCAAUCGUCCUUGUCAUAUUAGCCCUUCCAUCUCUACAAAUCCUUUACAUAAUAGACGAACUUGACCAACCCGACUUAACACUAAAAGCCAUUGGUCACCAAUGAUAUUGAAGCUACGAAUAUACCGACUUCAACGACCUCACAUUCGACUCUUACAUAGUCCCAACAACAGAGCUUCCACUAGGACACUUCCGACUGCUAGAAGUUGAUCACCGUAUCAUUGUUCCAAUAGAAUCCCCAAUCCGCAUUAUUAUCACAGCUGAUGACGUACUUCACUCAUGAGCUGUCCCUACUUUAGGAGUAAAAACAGAUGCAAUUCCAGGACGAUUGAACCAGUCAUCAUUCAUCACCACCCGUCCAGGAAUUUUUUAUGGCCAAUGCUCAGAAAUUUGCGGGGCAAACCACAGCUACAUACCAAUUGUUGUAGAAUCCACACCCCUCACUCACUUUGAAACCUGAGCCUCCCUAUUACAAUCCUAA